AAGUCCUUCACAGUGACUCAAGCUUAAAUGACACGUGGGUAUUUACAUAUAUGGAAAAUCUAAUGGUGUCAUCAGUCCUUUUAAUAAAACGUGGGUAUUACAAAAUGUGGGUUUCGGUUGUUGAUGGCAAUGUGAAAUCGUCUAGACUACAAGAGAAAAAAAAGUUGUCUUUGUUGACUAUUGGGUCAUAAAAUAAUGAAAAAAUAAGUUAUCAUAGAUGCAAAUAUGCAAUCAUGCAAAUAAGUCGUAACGGGACUACGGGAGGAGAGGAAAAUUAGUUGGAAGUAUAUUGCAACUAGCUAACCUACCAACCGUGUUCACUUUCAAGUUUCAAUGCUACAUUUAGUAAUAUCUAAUAUAUAUAAGGUAUCAAAAUAUAAAAGUUUAUAUCAUAAUUUCUUUUGGUUAUUUAAGAUAGAAGAGCCAAUGGCGAUGAAGAAGACAUCACAUGUUCUUCUGCUAAGUCUUCUGCUUUGCCUGAUGUUUGUGAUUGGUCUUGUAGAAGCUAGUAUUCCAGGUGGUGAUAUGGGUCCAGAAAUAUAUACUCCACCAUCAGGAUCAUGUGGAGCUCCUAUUGCCAAAUAUGAUUCCCAAGUACUACUAACCAAGAGACCACCACCAUGUAGACGUCCUCGACUCGAAAACACAGAAGAUGUGACCUACACCACACGACCUUAAAAUAUAGGAACACUACUCGAUAUAUAUGUAAUAUUCUUUUAAGGAUUAUCGUUAUCGAAAUGAUACGUGGAGUGAUUCUAAUCUCGGUCAUUACCAAUAUUUUCACUACACUGAUUUUUUAGUUACUGUUUAAAGCAAAAAAAGAAAAAAGUUCUAAACUCAAAUGUGUUAAUUCUACCGAUUAUGUAACCAGGAUGAGAUUUUAUAUGGGAAUAUGGCAAAGUCCCGGGGUCGAAUUCUACCCGCAACUUCUAUGGAUACCAAGUAAAAGUAGAAAGGUCACUGUUUUGCUCAUCAACAUGCAAUGAAUAUGGUCACAAUUAAUUACUAAUUACUAAUUACUAAACCAAGUCGCAUUGGUCCAGUGGUAAAGGAGAGAAAAGUCUCCGCCACCUGGGUUCGAGUAGCAUUGGCCACCGGGGUUCGAAUUCUAACAUGGUU